GCGCCCUUCUGUGCUCGCUGCUGUUUCAAGCUGCUUCAGCCAGCCAAGUGACCUCGCGGCGCUCCAGCGCUAUCCCAUCUCUCCUGCUGCCCGACUGUCUCCGGGAUGGAGAGAAGGUUUAAAGGGAGGACUGAGAAGCAUUUGUGGAGGAAGCCCGAAUCUGCCAUUCUCGACUGCCUCUUCCCCCGCCACAGUCUCUGGGGUCGAGUUUAACCACCGGCAAACGGCUUAAUUCUCCAGCCCAGUGGGGGCGAGCAAUCCCAGUAGAGUCGCUCCAGCUCAGGCGUUUUGUACCUUUCUUAUUUUCCCCUUCCCCCGCAUACUCCUCUUGCCUAUUCCCACCAUCCUACUCGCCCCGUCGGCUUCAUGCCUGUGCAAUUGGAAGCUUGAGUUUGGGUGCCCAGAGUCUGGGAGGCAGAGGAAGGUGAGGAGCGCACGAUGGAGAGCAGCAACGUAUCUAUCCCUUCAGCCCUCACCUUCACAUCGGGGUUUGAGGGUUACAACAGUAGCCCCAGCACCCUCGGAGCUGCUAAAGACCAGGGAGACGACGGGGAGAGGGCAGGCAUCUUGCACAGCAAGGAGCCCCACUUCUCCAUUUUCACUGUGUUAGUCUUGACGUUGUUAGUACUCCUUAUCGUAGCCACCUUCCUCUGGAACCUGCUGGUUCUGGCCACCAUCCUAAGAGUGCGCGCCUUCCAUCGUGUCCCCCACAAUCUAGUGGCUUCGACCGCUGUAUCCGACGUGCUUGUGGCGGCACUGGUCAUGCCCCUUAGCCUGGUAAGUGAAGUAUCUGCCGGGAAGCGAUGGCGUCUGGGACGAGUCCUGUGCCACGUUUGGAUUUCUUUCGACGUCCUCUGCUGCACUGCCAGCAUCUGGAACGUGGCAGCCAUUGCCCUGGACCGCUACUGGACCAUCACCCGCCACAUCCAAUACACCCUGCGCACCCGCAGUCGCGCCUCCAUCCUCAUGAUUGUUCUCACCUGGGCCCUGUCUGCUCUCAUCGCCUUUGCUCCCUUGCUAUUCGGCUGGGGUGAAGUGUAUAGUGCUGAGCUUCAACGCUGCCAGGUGAGCCAGGAACCCUCCUAUGCUGUUUUCUCCACCUGUGGCGCCUUCUACGUUCCCCUCGGAGUAGUGCUUUUCGUCUAUUGGAAGAUCUACAAGGCGGCUAAAUUUCGAAUCGGGAGACGUCGAGUUGCUGUCUUGCCCCUGCCUGAGACAGUACAGGCAAAGGAAGCUCCCCAAGAGGCCCAGAUGGUGUUCACAGCCCGUCACGCCACUCUUGCCUUUCAAGCACAUGGAGAAACAUGGAGGGAGCAGAAGGAAAAGAGGGCAGCCUUGAUGGUGGGAAUUUUAAUCGGUGUGUUCGUCCUUUGUUGGAUCCCCUUCUUCCUCACAGAGCUCAUCACUCCACUCUGUUCCUGUAGCGUUCCCCCCAUCUGGAAAAGCAUUUUCCUGUGGCUUGGCUACUCCAAUUCUUUCUUCAACCCUUUAAUUUAUACAGCAUUCAACAAAAACUAUAACAGUGCCUUCAAAAGCCUUUUUACCAAACAGAGAUAAAAAAUUGAGGUAGUGGUGGGGGAAUGGUGGAUUUUUAUGAGAGUCUACUCCUACCUCCCACCUUUUUCAGUAAUGAAUAGAACUUGUUUCCUUUUUCUCACCCCUCUCUUCCCAGGGUGGAGACAAUAGAGAGAGCACUGAACCAAGCGGAAAGAAGUCAGAAGAAUUAGGUUGGAAUUGUGGGUCAGUCACAAACUUGCUAGGAUCUUAGACAAAUCUUUCAUCUCCACUUGACCUUCAGUAUCCUCAUCUGUAAAAUGAAGAGGUCAGAAUAGUUGAUCUCUGUGGUCCUUCCAAUGCUGACAUCCUGAGAUCUGUGCAACCAUGAUGUUGCUAAAACCAAACCAUUACCCUGAGGCUCAUGGGAGGAGCUGAAGAGAAGACUCAUCAACAUGAUUUCUCAAGCAUAUGGGACUCAUCUAAAGAAAGAGAAAUGGUGUUUAUGUGGGGGGAAAGAGCUCCUAGUAACUGUUUUAUGUGAGAAUCCAAGAACUAUGUACUCAGUUAAUGUGGUGAAUCAGCUUCAUUCACUUUGCUCUCUGUUCUUUUUCUCUCUCCUUUCCUCAGUCUGUAAGGUCUACCCAAGGGACUACACAGUGUCACUCUCUGGUAGAGGAGUAUUAUGAGUUAUUGGGUUGAGCCACAGGAAGAAAAUGUUUGCUACCUCUUCAAACAGGAGAGAGAGAUACAGAGAAAACAGACUGAACCAUAUCUCUAAGAUGAGAGGAUUGGACUAAUAGCUUAUUUGCACCACUAUAUCUAUGAUCCCUAUUCCUGUUCUCCAUUAUAGCUGCACUGGUGGCUAACAGGUGUGGCUAGACCAAAAAUUGACAAGAAAUCCUGCUUGAUGUAUCUGGGGUCACAUCUAUUUAGGUAAUUGUGGGAUGAGUAAAUGCCUGAUAUUUCCUCAAAUUUAAACCUUGUUCCAGUGACAGCAAUGAUCUCCAAGAUACAGAUCUUGAUUGAGGGACAAAAUCUCUGGACAAACAUAGGAAAGUACUGAAUUUAUUUGCUUGAUAUGAAGAAGAGGAAACUAUUGGCUUUGUUUUAUCCAAUAACACUCUAAUCUUCAAUUUAAGUCCCCUAAAAUCCCCUAUCCUUUGGGGCAGGAGUGACAAUUUUCUUUAGGAGUCAGAUAGAACAUGGUACUGGGUAUUUUUGGAUAAGUGGAAAUGAUUAUCUUGACUGAAGUAGAAUAUUGGUGUCAAAUUCAAAUACAAGUGACAGCUAUUAAUCAUAUGUAAGAAUCCUCGUGGGCUGUACCUUGACUUAAUAUUGUUAAUUAUUAAUAAUAUAUUUAUAUUUUCUAAAUCCUAUU